GCAAGUCCUUCUACACCUGCAAGCGCCCCGACGGCCCCCCGGGCGUCGGGCGCUGCAACUACUUCCUUUGGGCGGACGAGUGGGACCCCAAAACAGGGACGGCCAGGAGGGGCGCGGCGAGCUGGCGGCAGGGGGCGGGCGGCCGCGGCGGCGGCGGCGGCGGCGGCGGCGGCGCGGGGCCGCCUGGUCCAAGUGGCCGUGGCGGCGGCGGCAGCUCUCACCCUGCCAAAAAGUUCAAGGCCGGCUGA